AAUAAUUCUGUCCAUAUACAAUUACAGUAGGAAAUCCAAGCCACUAAAACUAGAUCACCCACCAGGCAAAAACUCAACCACAUUUACUCGCACGGUCACACCCCCUUAUCAAUUCUCCCUCUAUAUAUAUUUAUCCCCUUUCUCCACUUUCCAUCACACAAACACUGCACACGAGAUCAAAUUUCGAAGCAUAUAAAUUUUCUUGUUUCCUUCAGAAUCAAGUACCCAAAAGGCUGGAUUUUAAGUAGGAGGUGUUAGAGAUUCCUGUGGUGUUGUUUUGAGAGAGAGGGGGUAAAACCCAGAGGGAGACAAGUUGUAGACAACACGGCUAUACUAAGAGCGAAACCGCUUCUCAUCCAUGUCCGGGCAGUGCGAUGUAAGGGUUUUGUAAGCGAGAGCAGCCCUUCGCCGCACGGUGGACGUGGUGCUUUGCCUUCUGAAGGCGGCAGCCCUUCCGAUCUCCUCUUCCUUGCCGGCGGCGGGAUCUACUGUUAGGCUCUGUAGAGUAAUAUAUUAGAUUUACUGUUUAAAAUUGAUUAUUAUCGUAUUACUGUUUAGCUAAAACGUUCUUUUAUCUGCGUUUGGUUGUGGGCUUGGUGGGUUGUUCUUGAAAUCUUGUAAUUUGGAAGAUAAAAAAAUAAAAAAUAAAAAAUACCUAUUAAGAGAUUUAAGAUGAUGCUGAGAAUCAAGAGAGUUCCAACUGUUGUUUCGAAUUACCAAAAGGAAGAGGGGGAGGAAGGCGGCUGCGGCCGGAAUUGUCUGAGAAACUGUUGCCUUCCAGGAGCAAAGUUGCCUCUGUAUGCUUUCAAGAGGGUGAAUAAAGUUUCUUGUGAUAAGGGUUUGGUUGACCAUGAGGAUAAAGAGGCUCCAGUUGCCUUCUUGGACUCCCUUCUUCUUGGGGAGUGGGAGGAUCGUAUGCAGAGAGGCCUUUUUCGCUAUGAUGUCACUGCUUGCGAAACCAAGGUGAUUCCAGGGGGGUAUGGCUUUAUUGCACAGCUGAAUGAGGGCAGGCACCUUAAGAAGAGGCCGACUGAGUUUCGAGUUGACAAGGUAUUGCAGCCUUUUGAUGAGAACAAGUUCAACUUUACUAAGGUUGGGCAAGAGGAGGUGCUCUUCCAAUUUGAACCAAGCGACAAUGAUGAAGUCCAGUUCUGGCCAAGCGCCCCCAUUGAUGUCAAGAAUUCACCGAGUGUCGUUGCCAUCAAUGUCAGUCCAAUUGAAUAUGGACACGUGCUGUUGAUCCCCCGAAUUCUUGAAUGCUUGCCUCAGAGAAUUGACCGCGAAAGCUUCCUGCUCGCUCUACACAUGGCUUCAGAAGCAGGAAAUCCCUACUUCCGAUUGGGAUACAAUAGCUUGGGUGCAUUUGCCACCAUCAACCACCUUCACUUCCAGGCUUAUUACUUGGCUGUGCCUUUUCCUAUUGAGAAAGCUUCCACUGGGAAGAUAACCACUACACAUUGUGGGGUGAAAAUCUCCAAUAUUCUGAACUAUCCCGUUAGAGGUCUUGUUUUUGAGGGUGGAAACACGCUGGAAGGUUUAUCCAAUGUCGUAUCAGACUCUUGCAUCUGCCUGCAAGAUAACAACAUACCUUACAACAUUCUCAUCUCUGAUUCUGGAAGGAGGAUUUUCCUCUUCCCACAGUGCUAUGCGGAGAAACAAGCUCUUGGGGAAGUGAGUCCCGAGCUCCUUGACACUCAAGUUAAUCCAGCGGUUUGGGAAAUCAGUGGACACAUGGUGUUGAAAAGGAAGGAGGACUAUGAGGAUGCAUCUGAGGGGAAUGCUUGGAGGCUUCUUGCCGAGGUCUCCCUUUCUGAAGAGAGGCUAGAAGAAGUGAAGGAUCUUAUAUUUGAAGCCAUUGCUUGCUAUAUUGAUGAUGACAAAUGUGUCACUCCAUCCUUGCUUAAGGAGUCUGAUGUUACCCCAGAGUCUAUUGAAGACCCCGAUGCCCUUACAGGCUCCCACCCUUCUAUGGUUCCUGCCUAGCGGAAAAUGCCAUGUUCUGAUCUGAGAUUUGGGCAUUGAAGACCCGAUCAGUGGUCUCUUCGUAUCAUAUUUAAUAUUAUUUCAGUGUGAUAUAGGAGUUUCUAUGGCUUCUAUUGUGGAUAUGCCUAAAUAAUGCAAAACACGUUCGACUCGUGUGUGUAUGUGGAGUAAUGUAUUGAAUUUAUGUUUGAUUUAGACAUCUUAAUCGAUCCUUAUGUAUGUUGCUUAUAAGCUGCCCAGUUGGUUGAUGAUUCCCAAUAAAAGAAGCUCGUCUCUGUCCCUACGAUGCUUUGUGAUCUUUACAGGAAGUUUAAUUCCAUAGAGGAUGAUAAUCUUUCCGUUUUUAA